AUGGGGGGACAAUCCAAAAAGAGUAGAUCGAAAAAGGAGAAGGAGCAGAAAAAGCAGGAGCAGAAAGAACCAACUCUUCCAGCUGUGCCAGCUGAGCCAACCCAGUCAUAUCAGCCAUAUCGGCCAGCUGAGCUAUAUGAGCCAGAUGAGCCGCGUGAUCCAAAUGAGCCUCAACUGGGCAGCUUCAAAAUAUUUUGGGAUACUUUCAAGACUUUACGUGACCAGACCCAAGACAAAAACCCUGACUUUGUCGCCUCUCGAGAAAAAACCUUUGCUGAAAUGUACAUGCUAUACGACCCAGAGCACGGCACCAGCCACCUUCUCGACAUUGGUGCAAAAAUUGACAUGCUCUUAAGCUCGAAAAUCUACCAAGAUAUACACCUUGCAGCAAAUAUACUCACCGCUCUGGACAUGCGUUGCUCUAUCCGGUCACACCCCAAUUGGAAGCGUGUAAAAGACCCAGAUCAAGCUAUACGCCACAUUAGAGGGAGCACUACAACAGUGUUGUAUUGGUUCUGUAAGGAACUGACGUUGACUUACGGCUACUGGAUGUGUGGUUCCAGCCUUAGUGGAAACAGCUCUAAAUGUUUGCUGGGGGAAUUAUAA